AUGAUGGCGAUGGCGAUGGCUUCCAAGAGUUCCGACAUGAUCGAAAGUCCCUCCGAACGACACAGCGGCGACAUUUCGAGAAGAAAGAUUCUGUCGCAAUCAGUGACAGCAGGAGGUAUAUUCCUUUUCUGCCUUCCAUCCCCGGCCACAGCCCUGUCAGCAUCCGAAGCCUCCAAGGCCUAUGACUCCUAUGCCAGCAACUAUGAUUCCUUGGAUGGAGGAUCAGCAUCGACCAUGUUGGGUAUCGAUCAAGCACGAACAGACUUAUUCAAGCAAGCGAAGGGGAAGGUGCUAGAAAUUGGAGCGGGGACCGGUCUAAACUUGGGCAAGUACGAUCUUUCAAAGAUUGAAUCUCUGACAUUGCUGGAUAUUUCCCCAGGCAUGUUGUCCAUGGCCGAACAACGAUGGAAGAACAUGACGAUAGCUACAAGUAGUGAAAGCUUUAUUUCAUUUGUCCAAGCGGACGCAACCUCUGAGUUGGUCUCGAAAUUUGGAGCUCUGUCCUUUGACACUGUUGUCGAUAGCUUCUCGCUGUGUACCAUGGGUAAUGACGGAGCCGAGAAAUGCUUGAGCCAACUAUCACAGGUAGUAAAGUCUAAGGAACAAGGGGGGCAAGUAUUAUUGCUGGAGAAUAGUCGAUCGUCGAACCCCUUCCUUGCUCGAUAUCAGGAUGCCACUUCGAGCGCUGCCGCAGAGAUGGGCGGGAAGGGUUGUGUCUACAAUCAAGAUGUCGAAUUCAUGAUUCAGCAAUCCACCAAGGGAAAUCUUGUUAUUGAAUCACAGGAGCAGUAUGCUGCUGGGCUAUUUCGUGCCUUUCGUUGCACUGUAUGGUAA